AUGCCGUCCAUAUACCCCUCCCCCUCCACUCUCCAAUCCAAUUUCUCUCCCCCAAAUCAACAGCGCCAACCAUUCACAGCAUGGAGCGCAAUCGACGACAUCAAACAAAAGACCGAAAACAUGAGUAACAAAGCACAGGCCAAAACCGGCAAGAUUGAAAUGUUUUCGGGCAAGUAUUAUGCGGCGUGCACUUUCGGCGGGUUGCUUGCUUGUGGCCUGACGCAUACCGCCGUCACGCCACUGGAUCUGGUCAAAUGUCGACGCCAGGUUGAUCCAACCCUCUACAAGGGCAACAUGGAAGCAUGGAGACUCAUCUACCGCGCCGAAGGCAUCAGAGGCGUGUUUACCGGUUGGAGCCCUACGUUUUUCGGAUACUCCGCGCAAGGAGCAUUCAAAUAUGGCGGCUACGAAUUCUUCAAGUCGUUCUACAGCGACCYGGUCGGCCCCGAAAAGGCCGCGCAAUGGAAGACGAGUGUCUAUCUCGCGGCUAGUGCGUCGGCAGAAUUCUUUGCGGACAUUGCUCUCUGCCCGUUUGAGGCUGUCAAGGUCCGGACGCAGACUACCAUGCCGCCUUUUGCGACGGGGACGUUUGACGGAAUCAACAAGAUUGUCGCGAAAGAGGGUCGUGCUGGACUAUUCAAAGGAUUGUAUCCCCUUUGGGGCCGUCAAAUCCCUUACACAAUGAUGAAAUUCGCCUCCUUCGAGACCAUCGUCGAAAUGAUUUAUGGCUACUUACCCGGCAAGAAAGCGGACUAUAGCAAAUCGUCUCAGACUGCCGUUGCGUUUACGGGUGGUUACUUGGCAGGUAUUCUGUGUGCCAUCGUCUCGCAUCCCGCCGAUGUCAUGGUCAGUAAACUGAAUGCGUCGCGACAGCCUGGUGAAGCGUUUGGGGCUGCUAUGUCGAGGAUCUAUAAGGAUAUUGGAUUUGGAGGGUUGUGGAAUGGUUUGGGGGUGAGGAUUGUUAUGGUUGGGACUUUGACUGGAUUGCAGUGGAUGAUAUACGACUCGUUCAAGAUCUUCAUGGGCCUGCCGACGACAGGGGGCCAGAUUCCAGAGAAGAAAGAGAACUAA